ACGGCGAGAGAGAGAGAGAGAGAGCCCGUUAAGCGGCGGUAGGCGCGCGCUCGGUUCCACAGUCCAGAGUCGGUCGUGCCCCGUGCCUGUGCUCCGUGCGAUCACUUCUGUACACACUUGUAAGCCUCCGCAUACCUGCAGCAGCAGCGGAAUAUGCCAGCGGAGCGGCGCGCGAUCUCCCUGGCUUUCACGUGAUCCACGUACGCUCGCUGAUACUCGCACGCACACGUAUUCGUCGAGUCCUUCGAAAGAGAGUGCUACGUGUAUAGGUGCGCGCCGGUGGAGUUUGCUCAGUGAUAUACUUGGAAAUCUCGGAAGAACAAGCGGGAAAGAUGCCUUGCUCAGCGGUGACGCUCUCGCUGGCGUCCAUAACCGGCAUCAUCGCCACGGCUCUGCUGGCCAUCGCCUUCGCCACCGACAACUGGCUCUACACCGAGGUCAAGCGCGCGUCGAUUCAGCAACAUGCGCAGAAAUCGUCCGAUCAGAGUCUGGUGGAGCAGAUGAACUCGAAGUACUACUACUACACGAGGACGCAAGGACUCUUCAGGAUAUGCUACCCCAAGGACAGACCACCAAAUGAGGAGAUCUACCUGAGUCCCGUGGAGACGCACUGCAUGAACAUCGACUACUUCAUUCCCGAUGAGGAGAACCAGACGAGGGAGUUCUCCGAUGACGCCAUGGCUCGGCUCCAUAUGGGACGAUCGGUAAUCGCCCUGUUCAUCGUCGGCUUCCUGGCUAUCUUCACGGCCUUCUGGACUGGAGUCGUCGGAUGCUGGAAGAGGUCACCCGGCAACAUUACCGCAACUGCCAUCCUCAUGCUACUAGCCUGCCUACUAAGCGCCGGAGGAAUGGGACUGUGGCACGGGGUCGAGUACUACGAGAAGGAGAAACUCGUCGGCGAGGAGUACUACCAGCAGUGGAACAACGUGCUGCGCGACAAUACGGCCCAGUGGUACGACUGGUCGUUCUACCUGGCCUGGCUGGGCGUGGCCACAUGCCUGGGCGCCAUGACCCUCUUCCUCAUAGCCGCGAGCUGCCUGCGCAGGGAGCGGGCCCGCGAGCAGGCCCAGAACGUCCAGUACAUUAUGCCAGUGUACCCCCAGAAGCAGCAGUACGCCUACGCAGGCUACCCAGCCCCAGCGGCCUACCCGGGACCGUACUACCACGGUUCCCAGGGCUACGGCCCCUACAACUACUGAGCCGCCUCCGAUCGAGGAGUAUAGGCGCCCCGACAUCGUCAUCAGCAGCAACAUCUCAAACAGAGCGGAGCCGAGCCGACCGCUGUGCCAAGAGUCCCUCUGCUCCGUCUCUCGGCAGUGAUAACGAAGAGUAGUGCAUCGUCGCUCGACAAGGAUUAUUAUUGCGAGUCCGGCUAGCGGAUCGAGUGCACUGUGAACCGUUCUGUAAUUUUAACGAUCAUUCGAAUUUGCCGAUCGAUCGCAUCGAUGCGCAUACACAAACGAUAAGAUCGAAGCGAUCGAUCGUCUUGACUGUGUAAGACGUUGUACAUAUCGAUUCCGCUCGAUGUACGCCUCUUACGAGAUGCAUAUGCAUAUAUCAUAGAUCUGAAUGCGUACGACUUGAAAAAAUGAAAAAGAUUAUCAAUGAGCCUUAUAUAUUAUAUAUUAUUUGUUUGAGAAAAAUGAAAAUGCAAGGCACCAACGCACAUCGAAGAUCGUCGACUGCUGUAUGAAUUAGCGUUCUUGUAGAAAUUUGGAAAUCAAAUGUGCUCUAGUGUAAGAAGAUGAAGCUAUUCUAGGAUAGUUCGCUUGAGACUUGCGAAGGAGAGGAGAGAUAUUUGUUAGCUAUUACGUAUUGAACACUUUCGAGUUGAAGUAACUUUUUUUAUUUUUUACUACUACUACUACUACUACUACUACUACUACUACUACUACAUCAACGACCGCGCCGAAACACCAUUUUUGUACUUAAUCUAGCAGCCCCUUAUUACACCUACGUCAUAUAUGUAGUGCAAUAAAAGAAAAAAUGUCUUCACUAGUGUCGAGGAACCCAAUGGCUGAAUCGAUACGCAAUUGUAUGAUACAGAGAUUAAACGAAUCAUCAGUUAUUAGCCUCGCGGAAUCCGCAUCAAGUCGCGAAACCAAACCAGGAAAAUAAAUAUGCUUACACUUGCGCGUAUACAUUAGAAUUAUAAUCUGCAGUAUACAAGGAAAGCGACAGAAAGGCGAUAACAGGGAAAAACCCGUUCUGGGAUACGCAAAAUGUGAAUGGAAGGUUUUCCGCAAUAUCUUCUCUUUUGCGUAGCUCGAUAAUGUGUUUUGUCUCUUCGUCAAAAAAAAAAAUCAGAAGCGCGUAUACACACACACACACAAACACACAAUGAAUACAUCUGUAAGUAUAGAAACGAUGAACAUUGUAUUUUUUGUAGUACUUUAAUCAAUGAAAAAGGCAAAUAAACGUCGAGCGCUCGUUGGACGUUACUCGUAAUCACGAAGGUCGACAACAAAAAAGUGCUCUUUAAUUAUUAAUUUAUAUUACACGAUAACAAAUAAUAAAUAUAAGGCUAGAAAGGAAACGCAAUCGCGGUUUCGUCGUGCUGUUGUUCGAUACGAGAUUUUAGGUCCUUGCGUAGUUCCUCGUUGGAAUCAAAAUCAAAUACAAAUUUGUAUUUUUUUGUUUUGUUGAGUGUUUAGUUCUGCAUUGUUUGAAAAUAUCAGUUGACAAGGAUAUCCGAUGUAUUUUUUAUAAAUUAGAAAUGUCGACGACGUUACCGCGUCUUCCAUUAUAUGUGUGUUAUUGUCCGCCAGUUCGUGACUUCGGAAGAAAUUUUUACGAAGUCCCUCGGAAGUUCCGAGGAAAGGAGAAGAGACGGCAAAGUUAGAGAUAACUUUGUUACUCUUUUUCCGCUGCGAAUGCGUUUGCGCAUCAUAUACUUGCGAAACGGCGAAAGAAGAGUCCAUUGUUGAAAUUCGAUGUAUUGUACUUAAAGAGAAACGCUAUAUUUACUUGUUUCAUUCGUUUCUUUGUAAUUAUCGUAAUCGUAAUAUAAAUUAAAUUUCAUCGUAGUUUUCAUCGUCUCAAUUUUCGUCUGUUUAGAAAUCUAAUGAAUUAAAUUUUUUUAAAUAAAUAUAUAUACGUAUAUAA